AUGCAUCGUGAUGUAAAGCCACAUAAUGUAAUGAUCGAUCAUGAAAAUCGAAAGUUACGAUUAAUUGAUUGGGGUUUAGCUGAAUUUUAUCAUCCAAAUCAAGAAUAUAAUGUUCGAGUUGCAUCACGUUAUUUUAAAGGACCAGAAUUACUUGUUGAUUAUCAAUAUUAUGAUUAUUCACUUGAUAUGUGGAGUUUAGGUUGUAUGUUGGCUAGUAUGAUUUUUCGUAAAGAACCAUUUUUUCAUGGUCAUGACAAUUAUGAUCAACUCGUACGAAUUGCUAAAGUACUUGGUACCGAUGAACUUUAUGAAUAUCUUGAAAAAUAUCAAAUUGAACUUGAUCCACGUUUUAAUGAAAUUCUUGGCCGACAUUCACGAAAAAGAUGGGAACGAUUUGUUCAUUCUGAAAAUCAACAUCUCGUUAGUCAAGAAGCAUUAGAUUUUUUGGAUAAACUUCUACGUUAUGAUCAUAAUGAUCGUUUAACAGCUAAAGAAGCUAUGGAUCAUCCUUAUUUUUAUCCAAUUGUACGCGAUCAAGGUCGUCCAAUGAAUGCUACUCCUCAAGUCUUACUAUCGAACAAUGCUGGUGCCUCUAUAUCUUUGACUACGUCUCCGUCGCCGCUUAAUGUGAACAGUAGCGUGUCGACAAAUAAUCAGUAA